UUCUUCUUGAAAAUACAGAAAACGGAAACUAAUAAAGGAGAAGAAGAACGAAGUUCAAUCCUGCAAGAAUGAAAACCAUGAUUUGCUCUUAAAUAUUUGUAUUUUACAGGCUUGAACGUUGUAAAUCUUUUUAUAGGAAUCGUGUUAUGAAGGAAGUAUUUUUUAAAAAUACAAUAUUCGUUUUAUUCGAAUUUAACAUAUUAUACAAUUAUAUAUUUAACAAUACGAAUCAAUAAGAUUAUGAAUAAAACAUUCUAAUGUUAAAACAGUCAAAUUAAAUUAAAUUUUAUAGAAUUUAUUUCAUGUGUGUUGUUAUUACUUUCAGUUGUUCUUUGGAUGAAACACAACGUUUAGAAGAAAAUAUUUUCCAGGAUUAAAGAAAAAAGUUGUAUAUUAGAUAGUGUUUUACUUGAAGAAGCAGGAGAGAAAUCUAUUUCAUGAAAUAAGGAUCAAUGGAAAAAGCAUGAAGAUAUAAAAACACUUUUAAAAUGUUUUGCAGAAAUUGUUUACUUUAAUAUGUUGUAUCAUUCGCAGUGAUUGAAAGUAUUAGUAAUAUUAUAUAUUUACACUCGAAGUUUCUCAUCUGUAAAAUUAGUUUUUAUGUUUUGAUGCAAAAAUGUGCUUUUCGAUAUAUAAAUGUUUAUUUAGAGUUAAAUACUAUUAUUGAUUAUUUAUUGCUUCUAGUGAAGAAAAUUAAUUUAUUACACACAAAUAAAAUAUUAUUUAACACAAUUUUUUUAAUUGCAGAUAAAAGAAACCGAAAGAAAUUUUCAUGUAAACACUGUAAGAAGAAUUUCAAAACGAAACAAACUUUGCAAACCCAUGAAAGAAUACAUACAGGAGAAAAGCCUUACACUUGUGACGAGUGUAAGAAGAAAUUUACACAACGGGGAAACUUAAUUACACAUCUUCGCACCCACACCGGAGAAAAGCCUUAUAGUUGCGACGAAUGUAAAGAGAAGUUUACACAAAGGGGAGACUUAAUUAGACAUAUUCGCACCCACACCGGAGAAAAACCUUACACUUGUUACGUGUGUAAACANAAUUUAAAUAAUUUAAUGAUGGUGAAGAAAUUUACACAACGGGAAAACUUAAUUACACAUCUUCGCACCCACACCGGAGAAAAGCCUUAUAGUUGCGACGAAUGUAAACAGAAGUUUACACAAAGGGGAGACUUAAUUAGGCAUAUUCGCAAACAUACAAGAGAAAAGCUUUACACUUGUGACGGGUGUAAACAGAAGUUUUCACGAAAGGAGAGCUUAAUUAAACACCUUCGAAUCCACCCCGGAGAAUAACAUUAUGAAUGUCAAUAUGUCCAGAGAAAUUCAUUCGAAAUACAGACCUGAAAAAGCAUUACAAUAUUCACAAUUAGAAAUAAUUUUCCUUCGAAAUUUAUAAUUUUUAUUUAUAUAUAAUAAUCACAAAGUAGNUAAUUACAA